GGACUGAUGACACAUCAUGCAACAGAACUUCAGGAUGUUUUCCCAGAUGAAUAAACUGUCCAUUCAGUCUCUGCGUGGACCUCUCAGGAUUUUGAUUUUCCACUUUCUCCUUGCACACUCUUGUCGAGGUCAGUCUCAGUUGAUUGGUUCAUCUCAGCCAAUAGUGGCAACAGUUGGUGAUGACAUCAUUUUGCCAUGUCACCUGGAUCCUGCAGUGGAUGCUGCUCCCAUGACACUGGAGUGGACAAGACCUGACCUGAAGCCUAAUUUUGUCCAUGUGAGGCGAGGUGGUCAGGACCUUGUAGAUAAACAUCCGUCCUACGCAGGACGAACCUCACUGUUCAUUAAUGAACUGAAACAUGGAAACAUUUCACUGAAACUCUUCAAAGUCAAACUGUCUGAUGGGGGAACGUACCAAUGCAGCAUUCUAAAACUGGAUAAAAAAUCGUCUGUUGAGUUUGUUGUUGCAUCAGGUGCUGUCUCCCCACCUGUCAUCAGUUUAGCAGGGGUUGAUAAAACCACUGGAGGAGUGGUGUUAGAGUGUGAGUCUAAAGGCUGGUAUCCAGAGCCUGAGGUGUUGUGGCUGGACGGUGAGGGAAACCUCCUCUCUGCUGGACCUACAGAGACAGUCAGAGGUCCUGAUGACCUCUAUACUGUCAGCAGCAGAGUGACUGUGGAGAAGAGACACAGCAACAGCUUCACCUGUAGAGUCCAACAGAACAAAACCAACCAGAGCAGUGAGACAAAGAUUCAUAUACAAGAUGAUUUCUUCAUGUUCCCGUCCAGUUCUAAUGUUCCCAUCAUCAUUGGUUUGGCUGUUAGUUUGGCUGUUUGCAUCAUGGUCAUUCUUUCAUUUGUCUUUUUUGUGUGGAAGAAGAGACAAAACAAAAGAGAAAAGAAGAAUGGCUCUAAAGAAAACAAAACUCAAGAUCAGUUUGCUACUGAAGGAGAAAAAGAGACAUUUAUGAGAGGUGAAACAACGAGGAACAAGGGAAAAGUGGAAAAGAAGACAAAUCAUUCUCAGCAGGGAGAAAACAAAGGUGAUAUCAAAUGGCUGCUCCGCCAGGAGAUACAGAAAAGAGAGAAAGCUGAGGAAGAAGUGAAGAGCCUGGAGGAUCAGCUGCAGUCAAAGACAAAGCAGAGUGAAGUCAGAGGAGCUGAAAUCCAGCAGCUCCAGGAUCAGAACAGAGACCUGCAGAGACUGAACCAGGAGCUGCAGAGACUGAACCAGGAGCUGGAGGAGAAGAACAAACAGCCUCAGCUGGAGGGAAACCAAACUGACACCAACACACAGCAGCAGGAGGAGGAGGAGGAACAGGAAGCUGAGGGAGAAGAGGAGGAUCAGGAGGACACAGAGCAGUCUCAUCUGGAGGGAAACCAAACUGACACCAACACACAGCAGCAGGAGGAGGAGGAGGAACAACAGGAAGCUGAGGGAGAAGAGGAGAAGCUGGAGAAUCAGGAGGAGACAGAGCAGGUAAAUGAGUUGGAGGAAAGCAAAGAUGAAGUGAUGGAGAGUUCUCAGAAUGAGCCUCAGGGUGAGAACAUCACCAGCUCUUCCAGUCAAAGCUCAGCAACUGGACAACGCAACACUGAAACGGGACGUGGGAGUGUUAGAAAGAAGGCCGUGAUAUUCGAGACCAAGAAUGAAGAGAAGAAAUGAAACUCAAGGAGUACGAACAACACAUCUCAACAUGACCUCACACCACACACAGAAAUGAAAAAUGUUUAGUCUGAGCCACCAUCAUCUAAUCAAAUGGCAGUGAAGACAGUUAUUGUCUGUAAGUGUUUCAGGCUGAAAUCACAAACUGUACUGUGACCCAGUAGAGUCACCUAUUUUAAUCUGUGGUCAAAGGAUUGGUUAACUGGGUAAUUGGUUUAUUUGUAUGUUCUUGUUUUGCAUUGGGCAGCUCACAGUAUGUUGUUCAGGAUGUAGUGAAAGUGUGAUGUGAAGCAUGGGUUUUACUUUAUUUGUAAGGCACUACUUGAAUUUCUUUAUUUUAAAGACUUUUGUUGAUUGAUCAGACAGAACCCGAAUAUUUUGUUCUAAAUUCUCAAAUGCUGAGUACUUUUUGUGUGUGUGUGUGUGUGUGUGUGUGUGUGUGUGUAGUAUGAGGUGAUGUUUGUUUGUUUUCUUUCUUCAUCCUUUACUGUACUCUACACAAUUUAUUUACAAGAACUUUUAUAGCAACUGGACAAUGACUUUAGAGUUUUGCAAUAAUAAAAAAAUGGCUAGGUAGUUGUUUAUACUGUGUAGACUGUAUAUAUGAAACUAACAGUACUAACAUCAGAGCAUCUUUUUCAGCACAGAUUUCUCUGUGUAGAGGCCAGAGAAGCCUUUACCUGACACCCAGAGCACAAGAAAGAAAAACCUCACGAUAAAAGAAUCACACAGGAAUCGUACAAUAUGUUGAGAAAAUACAGUUGUGCUGAGUAUAUACACACCCUCA